AUAUUAUGAAAAAUUUUUUUUUAAAAAUGGCGAUUUCAUAAAAAGAUUAUCUAUAAGGGAAGUUAAAAUUUAAAAAUUUUAUAUAUAUCCAUAAAAUUAACUGAAGAAAACAAAAACCUAAUUUUUCUACAAAGAAAAAGUGGAGCCAAGGCUCGGAUUAAAUUCGGUUAGGAAGGACAAGAGAAAAAAUGUCCCUAGAAAAUUGAAAAGGCACUCCAAAGCUUACGAAUCCGUAGAAAAACUGGAUGACAUGUGUCUAGAAGAUGGAUUUGAUAGUUGGAAUCUUAACUUCAAAAAAAGACACUCUAAAACUUUGGAAAAUCUUCUUGAUGACCCUAUAGAAGUAUCGGAAAAGGAGACCAACUUUUUAAAUGAAAUGCAAACUCCGAAAUCCCUCAAAGACGAUGAUGCGAGUAAUGAGAGGCUUCCAUCAAACAAAAAAAAUGACGAUUACAUGGUAGCAUUAGAUAUGAAAAUAAAUAUGUUGUUUUGCGACAAAAGACGUAAAAAUAUUCGAGGCAUCAAAUCUUAUACAACUAAAUUUUUUAUCGAUUUAUUGCGCGACUCAAAAUAUCUUGAAAUGCUAUAUAGGCCCAAAAGUUUUUCAAUAAAAACCGACAUACAGUAUUGGGUAGAAACGAUGAUAAACAAAAUUGAACAUUUAAACUUUAAUAUUCCUCAAUCUUCUGCUAUCAUUAUCCAAAAGUUAAGGGAAUCAUAUAUGAAUUUUAAGUGUGAAAUUUGCGGUAAAAAUUACGCUAGUUCUUCCAAUUUAUCCCGUCACAAAAAGAUCCAUCGAAUGUUGGUGUUAUAUCAUCACGAUGAAUUUCAAAAUAAUCCUCCAGCUCUUGGUAGUACGUUAUUUCUGAGAUGUUCAUUGUGCGAUAAAAAUUACAACAAUCAACCGGCUCUUGCCAUGCAUUUACUCACACACGACAAGGAGAACAAAAGGCACCAAUGCACUAUGUGUAAUAAAGCUUUCAGUAGACUUUGGCUGCUCAAAGGUCAUAUGCGGAGUCACACCGGAGAAAAGCCUUAUCCUUGCUUGAAAUGCUCGAAAUCAUUUGCAGAUAGAUCCAAUCUCAGAGCCCAUUUACAAACUCAUUAUUCGGUCAAACAGUUCGAAUGUCAUAUGUGUAGUAAAAGUUUUGCGCUUAAAUCAUACCUUCACAAACACAAGGAGAUUUGUUACAAGAAACCGUAAUUUUUUUAAAUAUUUUUUUUUUUACUAGGAACUUGGUGCAAUCAAUUUAAAAAUAAGUAUCUUAUAUUUUAACCAUCGCUGGAUAAUUAUAAUAUUAAUGUAAUAUAAUACUUAUUUUUAAAAAACCUAUUUAUUUUACCAAUAUGGCUAGAAUUAUACCAAAGAUUGAAAUAAUUGUAAUAUAUUAUAUAAUAUUAUACUAUAAUAUCGCUAUCAUAUAAAAUUGUCAUUUAAAAAAAACAUUUUUGUAAUUAUUAUAUUGAUUUUUGCAUCGUUGUCAUGUCUCGUUCCGUUUAAAAAUUUUUUUUUUGACCACAAGAAUACUGAGGAAUAAUAAUGGGCCGAAAAGUGCAAUAUACCAAAAUAAUUUAUAUAUUUUAUAAAAUUGUAAAAAAUUUCGCUGUAAUAUAUUUAAUAUUUAUUUUUUGUUAAAAGUAACUUUAUAUAUCCAAUUGGAGGGCUUAAAUCUCAGCUCAUUUACUAUUAUAUACUUAAUUAAUAUAUGUGAUUUGGCUAUAUUUUUUAUAAUGAUUUAAAAAUAACUAUAUUCUAAUAUUUUGGCUACACUAUUAACAUUAUAAUCUGUUAUAUGAAUUUAUGUGAAAGUUUUUUUUAAAAAAAAUGUAUAUUAAAUUUUUAGUGACAUUAUUAAAUAAUAA